CUCUCAACACACACGCACACACACACGGACUCUCUCAUAUAGGAGGAUCCCGGUAGAGAGCCGGAGAUUGCACAUCCGAGCGAGCACCGAGGCGCACUACUUCUUUAACUUCCUCCCCCUACACUCACACACACACACACACACACGCCCACCCACCCCAGCAUCAACAGGAACCUACAAAUAAAAAAAACGGUCCAGCUCCGGCUUCAGCCUCCUCCAGACACUGACACACUGCUCAUCAUCUGUUUCACUCCGGAAAUCCUGCGGAUUGUUCUCCUGUUUUUUUUUUUUUGUCUACCAUUAUCUUUCUCUCAGCGGAUCAAUUCAGACGCGGUGCUGCACGGGAAAUUUAAAGCGACGGUGUGUUUUAGUGUGCUUUGGAGUGUGUGUGUGUGUGUGUGUGUGUGUGUGUGGGUGCUGCAGUGUUCACCUGCAUCCCCGGACUUGGAACGGAGCAACAGCCGCCGCCGGCGCAUCAGUGAGGUAGAACAACCCUAUAUCAAGCUGCAGCCAUGGAUGAGAUGGACCUGCCCCAGAUGAAGAAGGAGGUGGAGAGCCUCAAAUACCAGCUGGCCUUCAAACGAGAGAAAUCCUCCAAAACGGUCACAGAUUUGGUCAAGUGGAUUGAGGACGGCGUCCCUGAGGAUCCCUUUCUAAACCCAGAGCUGAUGAAGAACAACCCAUGGGUGGAGAAAGGCAAAUGCAUCCUCCUCUAGGGAGAAGAAGCAUACAUCCUCCGAGGAUCACCCAUGUCAACAGUAACCCUACAGAUGACCCCUGAAGCCGACCCGGACUGUGAGGGCAGUGGCCGGACAGCGCCCAAUGUGCCCUCACCAUGAAUGUAGUACAGCUGUUACCCCCCACCUCACCCUAGAC